AUUAGAUCUUAUAACAAUGGCAGGUAAGGAUUUCAAUACUUCUAAUCAGUUCAAUUAUGGGCUAUUCUUAAGCACAUCCUUUUUCUCUUUGGGCGAUUUCUUUCUUAUAUUUUUAGGCUUCCAAAUGCAACUUCUCUUUGCUCUGCUCCUGGUUGGCUUUGCAGUAUGCGACCAUACUAGCUUCAGAUAUGACCUGAGACCACAUGAUGACAUCUGCUUCACUGAGAAUCUUCCUGAAAAUGUGAGUAUAAUUGUUGAGAUUAGUUCAAACUCUCAAGCAUUAACUCUGAAAGUGUAUAAUCCAAAGAAUCAGGAGAUAUUCAAUCGUGGUCAGGCUCAAGUGAUCAGAUUUCCUUUCACAAGUUUUGAUGCAGGAACCUACAAAGUUUGAGUUGUCAACACUCAGAACAGCAUGGUCGAAUUUUCACUUGAUCUUAAGACUGGUAUUGAUGCUAAGGAUUACUCUGAUUUGGUUACAAAGAAGCACCUCGAGCCGGCUGAGCUUGAAGCACAAAAGAUAGUCGACACAGUAAUUGAAUUGAGAAAAUCAAUGAAACGUACAAAUCUUUUAAAGGAGAACAUCCAGGACGGUCAAAAUAAGCUGAAGACAACUCUUGUUAGCUGUGGGAUUCUUUCGAUUGGGUUCAUUUUGACCUCAUCAGUGUUCUCAUAUUGCUACUUGAAGUCUUAUUUCAUGAGAAAAAAGAAGGAUUAG